GUCAAGAAGGGCUGCAGCGACAAGGAGCUCAAGAAAGCCUAUCGCGAAGCGGCGAAGAAGUACCACCCGGACAAGAACGUCGGCGACGAGCAGGCCGCCAAGAAGUUCGCGCUGGUGGCCAAGGCCUACGAGGUGCUCAGCGACCCGGAGCAGAAGCGCAUCUACGACCUCGGCGGCGAGGAGGCGCUGAAGCGCGGCGGCGGCAACGGCGGCGGCGGCGGCGGCGGGUUCCAGCAGCAGUCGGGCGGCUCGCCCUUCGGCGGC